CUUUCCGGCUCCAAUCUCAUGAGACUUUGCUGGCUUUUCACCCUCGCCGCCGUCGGCGCGGCGCUGCGCGGGCCGAUCGCGCAUCGCGGGAGUCGGCUUGCGAGCCCACGGAUGGCGCCUCGGAAAAGGGCCACCGCCGCGGCGCCGGCUCGCGGGGCCGGCCUGUGGCAGCAGGUCGCCGUCCGGCGAGAGACCAUCCGUGCGCGAGAUGGCACGAAGCGGCCGGUUGUCGCAAAGAAGAAGUCGCUCGCUGCGAGCAAGAGCGCGACGGCAUUCAAGCUCCCCGAGGUCGACCUGACGCCGACCGGCCUCGCCGCACAGCUCGCUCUCCGCCUAGAGGAGCGCGGCGUCGUAAACGUAACCGCUCUUCUCACGGUGGAGCCGACGCCUGCCGCGCCCGCGGGUCUGCCGGCGCUCGCAGACCGGGCGAAGCAGGGCCUCUCAGACCUCCGUCCGCGCCUGCCCACCGUCCCCGGCUCGCUCCUCCGCCUCGGCGUGCUCGUCGCCCUCGUCUCUGUCGCCGGCUCACAGGUCUUGUCCGACAGGCUGCCCACCUACGACGAGAUCGCGGCGCAGGCGCAGGUCUCUUCCGCCAAGAGGGGCGCCUCGGACAUGGGGACAGUGGAGCAGCUCGUCGAGCGGGAGGAGCGCGCCAUCAAGCGCGCCUUCGCAGAGAUUGAGGAGGGGCGGAAGGUGGACUCGUCCGAGGUUGCCGCCGCCACCGCCGCGUCGAAGCAGCUCCGCGCGGCGGGCGAGUCGUACCGCGACGCGCUCGGCGCAGUCCGCGAGUGGCGGUCCGAGUCGGCGCGCGCUGCGGCCGCGCUGGAGGGCGACAUCACCGCGGCGCUGGAGCGGGCGGAGAAGGGGUACGAUGAGGCGCUCGCGACGCCGGAGAAGCUUGCCGCGGGCGCCAAGGCGAAGGAGGUGAUGGCGGACUUUGAGUCGGCGGAAGAGGCGCUCGUGCGCUCGCGCUCGAUGCUCGCGCGGCAGGUGGCGCUUCGGAAGGCGUCGGCCUCGGGCGCGAGGGCGGCGGCGCUGCUGGAGGCUGCGGCCGCGUCGAACGAGGCUGCGGCGGGAGGCAUCGAGGAGGAGUGCCGCGUGCUCGAGGAGGCCGCAGGCCGCCUCUCCGCCGUGGCGGAGCGCUCCAUCGUCGACGGCAAGGUCGCGCCCUCGACACUGCCCGAGUUCCAAGAGGCGCGCGCUGCGGCAAACCAGGCCGACGAGGCGCUCGCGGAGCGGCUCUCCGCGUCGGCGGGCGCGCUCGAGGCGGCAAACAAGGCCGCCUCCGCCGCGAACGCCGCGGCGGACGAGGCUGCUCGUUUCGUCAAGAGCGGCGGCGCAGAGUGGUACACCGACUCGUCGCAGCUGCUCCAGCGGGCGCGGGAGGCGGCCGUCAAGGCGCAGGAGGCGAGCUCGCGCGCCGACGGCGCCGCGAACAAGGCGAGCGAGCUCGGCGCGGCGCCGGACCGCUGGAAGAAGGCCAAGGCGGCGCUGGCCGAGGCGGAGGAGACGCAGCAGCGCGCGCAGACGCGGCUCGCCCGCGCGAGGGGCAUCGGCAAGCAGCAGAUCGGUGCCCUCAAGCGGGAGAUCGCCUCCAAUCGCGGAGAGGCGACGCCGUACAUCCCCGGCCCCACGCCCACGCCAAAGAUCGAACGGUACGUGCCGCCAAAGCUCGAGCUCCCCGCCCGCCCGCCGCCCCGAACCGCGGCGCCAAGGGCGGACAAGGCGGCGGCCCCGGCCGAGAAGGCCGCCCCGCAGAAGGCUGCCGAGGAGACGCCGCCGCCCGUCGCGGCCGAGCGGUCGCCUUCCGACAGCGCCCCGGCAGCCGCGCCCGUGGCGGUCGCGCCGCCGAAAGCCGCCGCCCCGCCCGAGUCCGCAGAGGCGCCGUCCACUCUGCAGCUCUUCGGCGCACUCGCGCCCGCCACCAAGCCCGCGCAGCCGCCGGCCGAGUCUGGUGGCGGCGACGCCGUGGCAGAGGCUGCUGCAGUCGCGGCUCGGGUUGCUCCAAUCGCAGCCGGCGCCGCGGUCGUCGCCGCCGCCGGUUUUGCAGGCUUCAAAGCCGUGUCGGGAGGAGAGGAGCAGGGUGUGGACGAGGCGGCGCAGCUGUACGAGGAGCUUCUCGGAGGAGGGGGGGGGGGCUCAGACGGCGGGUUGACGGCACCGGCACCACCACCGGCGAGGUCGGAGCAAGGCGCAGAGCCGUUUGCCGCUGUCACCGCCGCCGCACCAACAGAAGCGGCAGCUGUUGCGGCCGCGAGGGAGGAGGACGAGGGCGAGGACGCGGCGGUUGGCGAGGCGGCGGCGGCGGCCGACGCUGUCGAGGAGGUGGCUGAGGCACAGGCGGAGCCAGCCGCGGAGGAGGAGGAGGCGGCCGCUGCGCCUUCAGACGCGGAGCUCAAGGCGAUGGCCCUCGAGGCGGAGGCAGCCAAGCUCGAGGCGGAGGCGGCCAAGCUCGAGGCCGCAGCUGAGGCGAUGGGCGACAUCUCCAACCUCAAGGCCCCCAAAUGACGCCGAUGAAGUGAGCCGUGCUUUCGGGCGCGGGCGCCGAGGGCCACAUGCGCCCGCGCCCGUCAACCAUGAAUGAGCCGCACCAAAAUUGUGCCGGGCUUCGGCCUGUAGCCGACUCGCUCCAGAUAUCCAGAGCGUCGGCAACGUCGCUGGGGUAGGCAGGGAGGGUUCGAUGCCGGCGGCGCAAAAUUGUCGCCCGUCACCUGCCCAGCCCCCAACUCGGCGAGGCAUGCAAUUUCAUGAAUUGAAAGUCGCCAUGUGAGCAGUGAGGCGGACCGCGCGUAAUAGCCAUGUAGUCAGAGAGCCGCAGUACGAACCGAGUACGCCGUAGUGCGAGUAUCUCCGCCCGUCUCGCCGUCUCCCCUGUGCCUGUCUCUAUAUCUGAGCUGUGUGGCGUACAAUCUCCUAUAAAACCC